AUGAAAUCUCUUUUCCAUCCGUCGCUGGUGGUCCUCGGGCCCGUCUUUGCGAUUCCUUUGAAGCAACAGAAGAUUGAUGAAGUUGUCCGCGUCGAUCAUGCGGGUGAGGUGGCCGCUGUGCGUAUUGCGAGGCACCAACUUGAGUGGAUGUCGCCACUGGACGAUGCGUACCCAAUCACGCGAGAAAUCCUGGACGACGAACUUGUGCACCAGCGAGUGAUGUCGGAGCUUGCCGAGCGGCACGGAGUGCGGACCACUUCGCUUGAUCCCCUUUUUAAACUUGGAGCAUUUGUAUUGGGUUCUGGGACGGCGGCUCUAGGUAAGAACGCGAUGAUGUGCUGCCACGCAGCUGUUGAAACCACUAUUUUCAACCACUAUAACGAUCAGCUCCGCGAGCUCGAGGUGCUCGAGGACAAGUGCUCGGAUAUCAAAGAGAGUGAGGCCGAGAAGGAGGCCUGGGCGGAUGUUAAAAACUACAUUGUGAAGUUUAGAGAUGAAGAGAAGCAUCACCAAGAGCUAGGGGAACAGAACGGUGCUGAUCAAGCUCCUGCCUAUCCGCUUCUCUACAAUGGCAUUCGACUUGCCUGUAAAAUUGGUGUUGCGUGCGCCAAGCGUAUCUGA